AUGAUUGCAAGAUUAAAAGAAGUUAGUAAAAAACCAGAAACUUUUAAAUACACUGCAGCUUUAUCGCUGAUAAUAUUUUUAUUUUUGUAAUUUAAUUGGACGACAAUAGUCACAUUAACGCUUAUUUUAGCUUCUUUAGUUCAGCUUCUACGCAUUUAAUACUUUAAAUUGUAAGAAAGAGGUUUUAUAAGUCUUCUUCCACGCACACUUUAAGUUCAUUUACUUGACAGAUCUAUUUUCGAUUUGUUAUGUGAUAUUUGGUACAUCCCCAAAAUAUCUCUUUACAUUAAGGCUUUCUUAAAGCCGUUUGUUUAAAACAUCUCUCCUGAAGAAGCAGCUUGUGCUUUGUAGGAAUUACCAGAUUCUGCAAAGAGAGCUAUCAUGACUAAAGGAUUAAUUAAUUUUUUACCUAAUUUUAUGCAAUCUGCUAUUAUGCCUUAACAAAAUUAAGAGGUCGAAAGCAAUAACAUGGAUAAUACAAAUUUACCAUAUCUCAAAUAAAGAUACAUCGAUGAAGAUAAUGAAGACCAAGAUAGCCUAGGCUCGACUAACACAACUAAAUCCACCAAAUUUUAAGCAGAGGACGAUUUAUACUAUAACAUCCAUCGUAAUCUAGAUAACAACAUAUUUAUUGCUCCUCAUGCUCCUAAACAUCCAUUGAGUGCUUUAAUUUAAGGUAAUGACUACUAAGAUAAAGUUUACUAAAAUGACUAUUAAUAUAAAACAAACAAUAAUAACAACAACAAUACUCAAUACUCAAACAAGUAGUAAAGAAAUGCUUCUCUUAAAGAAAUCACUAUUGAUGAAAAGCGUGAUUCAAGUUUAGAAAGAAGAUAGCCAAUAAGAUCCUUAAAUAAGAACGCUUAACACGAAUUUUCUUUUAACAAUAAUCUUUUUAAGCUAUCAUAAAAUGAACCUAACACAUUUAUUAAAUCUUAAGAUAAUAAAGCUUAAAAAAACGUAAGAUGGUCAAACCACUCUUUGCAUCAAUCCACAAGUUCUGAAGAUGAGCAUUUGCUCAAUUCAAGCUCCUAGAAUUUCUAUGAUAUCUUCCACAAUCGCGGAGCUUUGAGUGACGAAGAGUUACCGAAAACUAAAUUGAUAGCCUCUAGCUCUGCUUAAAUAAUAAGCUCUUCAGAAGAUAUAUCUAAAUCGCCCUCCAGCAGCUAAAAAUUAAAACCUAAAAUUGCUGAUAAAUGGGAUAAGCUUGAGCUCUUUAGAAAUAAAAUUAAAGAAAACUAUUAAAAAUUCAUACAAAUAAAACAUAAUCCAGAGCAAGGAGCCAACAUUACAAAUAAACCGAACUUAAUCAGCUCUGCAAGAUCUAUUUUAAACCUCUUCCAUAACAUUAUGGAACUAAAAAAGAUGGGUAAUCUAUCAAAUAUAGAUAAUAAAAAACUCCUAAAAAUAUUUAUUGCUUCCAGCAUCUUUAUGGGUGCUUAAGUGAUGACCUCAAGAAGAGCAAGAAGAUGGAUGAUCAAUUCCUCCUUGAUGCUUUUGUACAUUUUUAGUUUCUUACUAACAACUGGUACACUUGGAAUUAUUGCAGUAAAAUAUCAUCAUGAAUAAUAACAAAAGUAAAUCUUGAAUAAGAAAGUAGUAAUUUCAAAAUAAAACUAAAAUAAAGAUGAAAAAUCAAACAGUAAUUGA